AUGUUCCUUUUUUUUUUUAGACGAUUAUUUGAUAAUCCUUGGUUAUGUGAUUGUCGAAUAGAAUGGAUAAAGCAAUUAAUACUAACAAAUAAUAUAUCAUUAUCAAAUGUUCGAUGUCAUCGACCAGCACAUUUACAGUUUAAAGUAAUUGAAGACAUUGAUCAAAAGUUGAUGAAAUGUUCGGGUAUUGAGAAACGUGCCACAAAUUCAUGCAAUGCAGUAUCUAUUUGUCCAUCUGCAUGCGCAUGCACAGAAACUACAAUCGAUUGUCGCGAUCGUGGUUUGACUCAUAUACCGACCAAUUUGUCACCAAAUACAUUAGAAUUAAGAUUGGAACAAAAUCAAAUAACAUAUGUGCCACCAAAAGCAUUUUAUAAUUUGAAAAAUUUGAAACGUUUAGAUUUAAGUAAAAAUAAUAUAAUGGAAAUAGCGCCAAAAGCAUUCGAAGGUUUGAUAUCUCUUAAUUCGUUAGUUCUAUAUGGGAAUAGUUUGAUCGAACUUCCGAAUCAAGCAUUUUAUGGAUUGCAUAACUUGCAACUUUUAUUACUAAAUGCUAAUAAAAUUCAAUGCAUACAUAGAAAUGCAUUUAAUAAUUUAACAAAUUUAAAUUUAUUAUCACUUUAUGAUAAUAAAAUAAAGUCGAUAGCGAAUGAAAGUUUUAAUGAGUUAAUUAAUUUGACGACACUUCAUUUAGCAAAAAAUCCAAUUAUAUGUGAUUGCAAUUUGAAAUGGUUAUCGAUAUUACUAAAUAAGAAACCAAUGGAAACGAGUAAUGCUCGUUGCGAAUCGCCAAAACGAGUUGCACGCCGACGUAUUUCAACGUUGCAUCAUACGAAAUUUCAGUGUAAAGGUAUUUUCCGAAUGUAUUCAUCUUCAUUUUUUCGUAUUUAUUCUCACUGUGGAAAUAAAUUAGUAAAAAAAAAUUAUUAA